AUGUACUAUGGAGCAAUUUAUAAGAACACCUACAAGUAUCCAAUGCGUGGGAUGAAUGGUAGCAACAUGUGGCCACCUACUGAAUUCAUUGCACAUUUUCCACCAUUGAAGAAAAAAAUGCCAGGAAGUAGUGGUAAGAAGGCAAAGGAUGGUAAAGAUGAGCAUGUUACAGAUGAACAAAGAAGUAAGGGUAAUAAGGGCAUUAAUGGUAAUGUUGGGGAAGGAAGCAGUGGUAAAAAGGCAAAGGAUGGUAAAGAUGAGCAUGUUACAGAUGAACAAAGAAGUAAGGGUAAUAAGGGCAUUAAUGGUAAUGUUGGGGAAGGAAGCAGUGGUAAGAAGGCAAAGGAUGGUAAAGAUGAGCAUGUUACAGAUGAACAAGGAAUUAAGGGUAAUAAGGGCAUUAAUGGUAAUGUUAGGGAAGGAAGCAGUGGUAAGAAGGCAAUGGAUGGUAAAGAUGAGAAAGGAGGUAGGGGUAAGAAGGUAAUUAUCAAGAAAAGAAAGAAGUCUGAAAGAAUAUGUUGGAUUAGUGUCUAA